GCCUACGGCCCCCGUGAGCCAUACUCCUCCGUGCUGAUCUUCCCAUUGGCUGCCCACCCCUUCGGGCCCUGCCCCCGCCGGUCCCGCCACCGGUGCCGUCGGUGCCGGCGCCGGCGCCGCCGCCGAUAUGGCGCGCCCGGCCCCUGUGGAGCCCCAGCUGCGGCAUUCCGCGCCCCCCUCGCCGGCCACAGGCGAGCCCAGCACCUCUGUCGAGGCAGCGGUGGCCCCGCGGAGAGUGCUGUUCGCCGACGAGGCCCUGGGGCUGCCGCUGGCGCAGCUGCGCCGCUACCGGCCGUGGGGCGGGCCCGGGAUGGGCAAGAUGGCGGCGGUGGCCGGGCAAGAUGGCGACGGCGGCGGGGCUGAUGAAGACGACGAUGGAGAGGAUGGGGAUGAAGGGGAGGAGGAAGAGGAGGCUUGCCCCGAGCCCUCGCCGUUGUGCCCCGUCCCCGCUGGCGGGGGGUUUUACCUGGUGCCCACAUUUUCACUGCCGACCGCGCCGGGCCGUCUGGAGCGCUUGGGGCGCGUCAUGGUGGAGCUGGAGGCACUGCUGCCGCCUCCUGGAGCGGUCCCCGGGGGUGCCGGGGUGUGGGUGCCAGGGGGGCGCCCGCCGGUGCUGCGCGGGCUGGUACGCGUGCUUAACCGUUCCUUCGAGAAGGCGGUGCACGUGCGGGCCUCACACGACGGCUGGGCUUCCUUCUGCGACCACCCAGCGCGCUACGUCCCGCGCAACCCGCCAGGGGCAGGAGCGGGAGGACCAGGAGUAGGAGAUCCCAUCCUGGAUCAGGGCCUUGGCCUGGGGCCUGGCCAGGUGUCCGCCUCCUCGCCCGACGACUGCGGCCACACCGACCGCUUUGCCUUCCAGCUGCCGUUUGCUGAGGGCGCGGGCGAUGGGGCGCGCUUGGACUUCGUGGUGCGCUAUGAGACCCCCGAGGGCACUUUCUGGGCCAACAACCACGGCCGCAACUACACAGUCCUGCUACGGAUCGCACCCGCUCCCACACCCACUGAUGCCGAAGGGCUGCCCCAGCAGCAGCAGCUGCAGCAGCUGGAGCCACAGCCUGAGUGCCAGGGUCCCGUGGAGGCUGAGGCCAGGCAGCUGAAGAGCUGCAUGAAACCGGUGAGGCGCAGGCCUAACGAGGAAGAGCUGAGGAUGAAGAGCAUGGAAGAUAAUACUCCUUCUGUGGCAGAGUGUCCUGAUGUCCAGGAGUCAGUGGGUCCCUUGGUGGCCCCCACCCCUCUCCGUCCAUGGCCCCAGAUGACACUUCAGGUUUCUGAAGUUAACGUGACUAGGAAAUGCCCAGAGGAAAGUGACAUCCCCAGAAGCACUCCACCUGUGGCUUUCACAGAGGUCCUCCAGGCACCAGCCAUCAGGAUUGCUCCCUCCUCCUUUCUCUGUGGUCUCAGUGGCUUCCCCAGAGACCAGGCCUCAGGGCCUGAUGCAAGUGAGGGGGCAGCUAGGCCUCUCCUGGAACCCAGCCAGCAACAGGUGGAGGCCACGUGGGAAGUAUCAAGCGAGAAUGGAGGGGGCCGAAAGGGCUGUGUGGUUGGAGCUGUUAUGGAUGAGCCCUCCGGGGGCCUGGGGUUCAUGAGUGGGUUGGAGGAGCUGCUUGGUGAAGACACUAUUGACCAGGAGCUGGAGCAGCUCUACUUGUCCCACCUGAGUCGCCUGCGGGCUUCUGUGGCUACAGGUGGGACAGGAGGUGGUGGGGAGGGCCUCAUGGAUGGGGGGGUGUCUCCCAGUCAUCCCCUGGGCAUACUCACGGACCGUGACCUGAUCUUGAAAUGGCCUGGCCCUGAACGGGCCCUGAACAGUGCCCUGGCUGAGGAGAUCACACUGCACUAUGCCCGGCUGGGGCGUGGUGUGGAGCUCAUCAAGGACACCGAGGACCCUGAUGAGGAGGGGGAGGGAGAAGAGGGGCUCUCCGUUAUACCCUCCAGCCCAGAAGGGGACACCUUCAAGGAAUCGCCUCCACAAAUCCUCUCUGGUGCCUAUUCUGUGGUAGCCACUAUGGGAGAUGUGUGGCUUCCAUGGGCAGAGGGCUCAGGAUGUGACAGCCCUGUGGUUCUGGGUACAGAGGGUCAGUUCACUGGGGCUCCAGGGAAGGGAAUGGGCAAUGACACGGACUCUUUGGACAUGAAUAGGGCAAUAGCUGGGGUGACUGGGUCCCCAAGGGGAAUAGAAGCCCGGAAGGAGUUUACCACUGAGUGGGCAGACAGCUUAGUCCCUAUGUCUGGCAAGGAGACAGCUGCUGUAGUCCUGCAGGGGAAAAAUCUUACCCUCCUUGGUUCAUCAGGGACUGAAGUCUGUCCUUUCAGCCUUGCCAGGCCCCAUGUGAGCUCCCAGGAUGAAGAGGGUUCAGGUUCAAACCUUGAGCCCCCAAAGAGGUCUCCCACCCUAGCAGCUUCUGCAGAAUGUGUGUGUAUAUUGCCUCCCCAGCUCUGGGGACCCUUGACCCAGACUCUAGGUGUCCUGGCUGGGCUGAUAGUGGUCCCCGUGGCUCUGAACAGUGGUAUGUCCCUCCUGGUGCUUGCACUGUGCCUGUCUCUGGCCUGGUUCUCCUAGGGGCUGCUUGAGGGAUCAGCAGUAGCAGGCCUUCCCCUCUCUGAGGUCUGGGGAAGAGUGUCCUCUGUACCAUCCCCAGAGUGUUUCAAUGGGGUAUGUGGCCUGUACAGUAAGGGAUCCUUUGCUUCUGAUAAUGCUCAACUGGAGAGAGGCCUCCCCAUCCCUGAGGUCUCCCAUCAGCCUAGGGCUCCCUAUGGUGAUAUCAGUGGGGAGAAACAGGGUAGAUGGUGUAAGAACUUUCAGAAUGGAGCCAGGCAUGUUCCCCUUCUCCACCUUCCCCUAAACCUGUAUUUAUUUUUGUAUAAUUCUCUGGAUGAGGGAGAGUGGUCAUGAGCUGGUCUUGGGGCACAAUUACCCAGAGAUAUUAACAGCCAAUCUGUGCAACCUGCUGGAGCUUUAUUUUUAAUUUAAUUUAUAUAGAGUACCUAUUAUUAUUAUAUGCCACAAUAGAGCUCUAUGAGAAAUGAUGAGUCUUGCUGUACAGUAUACUGUUUGGGCACGUGUGUGAGGGAUGGUCACAUACUGUGGAAGGGCCACAGUGGCGAGUGGGGCAUGGGACGUGGUCAUGCCUGCUUUUGCUGCUUUAGUAUGUCCUUGAGGAUAUCUGUCACCUCAACCUUAUGGUCCUAAGCCAUGAGGACUGGCAGUCUUUGGGGGACAGGUCCUUUGGUCUUUUCUACAUUCUGCCAUGGAGGGAGGAAAAGGGGUGGCCACAUGAGGGUUUGGUGUCAUACAUGUGGCUGCAGUGGUGGAUGUGGUCAGCUGUAGAUGUGCGGAUAUUGAUUGUGAAUCAGCCACAAAGUUCUGAGGUUACUGAGAAAAAAAACCAACCUUUGACAUAAGCAGGGAGACCUGUCUGUCCUUUGGGGAUGCCUCAGAAAGGGCAGAAGAGUUAAUGUGCUGUGAAAAAUUCUUACUAGAGUUGCUGUCCACAGGCAUCAGAUUUCUGACUCAAAACAGGAAACUCAAAAGUUUUGAAAGAAAGGAUAGAUCUAUUUACUGCAUGCAAAUAAAAAACUCUGCCUAGCAAAAUAAAACCCCAUAUAUUUGUUUACUUUUCUUCACAGCAAAACUUUAUACCAGCUUUCUUCAGUUCUUUUCCAGGGCUCCAGUGUUUUUCUGAACAUCCCCAAUUAGAUUUUUGCCCAUCUACUUCAGCAAAAGUGCUGAAUCACUGAUGAUAUUCACAUUGUUAUAUAAAUGGCCAAGUCUCAGACCUCAUCUUACUUGAUCUAUUGGCCACAUGACACAGUUGAUCAUCUCUCAACCUUGGAAUCCUUUCUUCACUUGGUUUCCAGGACACCACAUUCUCCCAGUUUUCCUCUUUUCCUCUUGGCCACUCUUCUAGAACAGUGCCUUGCAUGUAGUAGGUGCUCAAUAAAUACUUAAUGAAA